AACACAAAGGCUGGAUCCCCCCUCUGGUUUGUAAGUGGUACAGUCCACUGGUAAAAUUCCGAGAAUUGUGAACUGCGUGUUCUCAGAAGAGUUCUUCCAAGAACUGUCUUCGCUGGACACUUCCAAGAAAAUUACACCAGUUAACUUAGUCAAUAUGUCAAGUGCAGCAGACGGCUGCAUCACGUUCACUCGGCAUGCCGGUGAUGUGCUGUUUAACUUCAACCGCCUGCGCAGCAGAAACAUCCUGACUGACGUCACCAUUCUGGUUGGUGGGCAGCAGUUUCAGGCACAUAAGACGGUUUUGAUGGCAUGCAGCGGCCUCUUUUACUCCAUGUUUGCCGAUACCCAUAAAGCCAACCUGAGCGUGAUUAGUUUAGAUCCAAACGUGGACCCUAAUGGCUUUGACAUACUUCUGGAGUUUAUGUAUACGUCUUGUCUCACCCUUAAAGAUAACUUCAUUAUAGCCACCCUCAACACAGCCACAUACCUGCAGAUGGACCACGUGAUGGACACCUGCCAGAGGUUCAUGGACUCCAGGGGCAUCUGUGUGAGUCAGACCAGAGCGGAGAUGCCAGGCUGUUUAACUCCAGAAGCUCCAUUUAUCCAUAGCAAUGCCUUUACCCGGCCUUCCUCUGUUAACAUGAGCUCUUAUGGUCCUCCCAGCCUGCACUAUGCAGUCAGCACUUCCACUGAAAGCCCUACUCGCUUCUACAGACAUCUUCCUUUCCCCCUGGAGACCUCUGGCACCACAAACCCUCUCUGGCAGAUGCCAAAGAGCGGUGUAAUAGCCCGUCAGCAGCACUCUGCUCUAGACGUCAGAGUCUCGACUAAGACGGUGACUGCCGGAGGAGCCGUGGAGACCAGAGAGAGGAUCCGUCCGUCGGUGCUUUUCCGUUCGGCUCGGGCUGACGGAGACAUAAAGAGAGCUUCAGGGGUGGAGAACAUUGAACCUUCACACACCAGUGGUCCCGAGAGCCCUCUUAGAUCAGACUGCCAACCAAACUCACCCGCAGAGUCUAGCGGCUGUACCCGAGGGGCGGCUUCUCCUCAAACCUCUAUCGGUGAUCCGAAGGUCCGCAAUUGGAAGAAAUACAAGUUCAUUGUACUUAACUCCGCUGAAGGAGUUAAUGGUCAUGGCUCAGAAACGCCAUCUCACGUAGUUACCACUAAAAAGAGCAAUGAAGAGGAAACUAAAAGUCAGCUCGAUAUCAACAGCAGUUCUACAGAUGAAUACAUUCACAAAGAGGAACCCAGCACUUUGACAGAAGAUGGCAGUAUGGGAGACACAAAAUUAGAAAGCGGCAGACUGUACUGCACUGAAUGUGAUUCUAAAAGUGAAUCUGAGAUGGAGAAGCAUCAGUGGCUACAGGACGGAAAGGCAUACAAAUGUGAACGCUGCCAAGCUAUGUUUCGCUAUAAAGGAAACCUGGCAACCCACAAGACUGUCCACACAGGGGAGAAACCAUACCGUUGCAAUGUUUGUGGAGCUCAAUUCAACAGACCUGCAAAUCUCAAGACCCAUUCACGCAUACACUCAGGAGAAAAACCAUACAAAUGCGAAACCUGCGGAUCUUGCUUCGUCCAGGUGGCUCAUCUAAGGGCUCAUGUACUGAUCCACACUGGAGAGAAGCCGUACCCAUGUGACGUCUGUGGCACACGUUUCCGUCAUCUUCAGACGCUGAAGAGUCACCUACGAAUACACACAGGAGAGAAACCUUAUCAUUGUGAGAACUGUGAACUUCACUUCCGCCACAAGAGUCAACUGCGACUGCAUCUGCGGCAGAAACACGGGGCCGUCACAAACACCAAAGUCCAGUACCGCAGAACCAGAGCAGACGUGCCUGUCAGCUCACCCAUAACCUCUUGAAAACAAUAAUGCUGUUUAAAGACUUUAUUAAACUAUUUUUGAGAGGUCUAUGAUAGACUUCUGGUCCAUUAGUGGUACUUACACAUAAAAAGCCAUUGAAUAAUACAAAUGCCUCAAUAUUAUUUCUGUGGUGUCGGUUUGUUUACCCGUACGGUGAAUUUAGAAAUUGUAUGUUAAAUAUGCAGGAUUAGUUCACCAGCAUGUUAUGCGCUUCUUCAUAUAUUUCCUGUCAGAUCUGCAGAAGAUGCAUGAUUUUACACUGAUAUCACUGUGUGUUUGCAAUUUAAUAACAAUGUAAACUUUGGCUUUCAAGUAUUGAAAAUUAAGCUAUUGUUAAUACAGACUGCAGUGUCUGAUUUUAAGACUGGAUUUGGGCAAUAUUUGAACAUAAAUAUAUCUUUAUUAUUUAUUUUUCUUUUCAAAGAGUACUAUUUCUUUUUUAGCCAAACAGCACUGUAUAUAAUAUGUAAUAUUGGUAUAAAGGAUCAUUGCUUUUGCAAUUAUGUAAAUAUUUAAUCAAACCUCUGCUAUGGGAGCUGUUCAAUGUGGUACAUUUAAAGAGCUUUACACUGUCGAACAAAUAUAUUGUAUUUAGGCACAUUUGAUACUGUACAACAGUUUUGGUACUAGAGGGACAUAUGUCCUUAAAAUUAAAUGUUUGAUACUAAACAAA